AUGAGACUCCACUGGGGAACAGUCGCUGGCUUUGUGGCUGCAGUUACCUGUGUAGCAGCACAGGGCUCCAGUGUGAAUGUGUCGUUAUGUAACUGGGACAAGGUUCGAGUCAACACCAUUCGCGACACCGUCUAUCUCGAUGGCGGCGACAUGUGGUGGAAGCGCGAUUACCCCGACGGACGGUCAAUCUCGGAAAACAAUGCCUUUGAUACGACCACCACCAACCUCACUGCGCUAUUCGGCAACUUCUCCAAGGCCAACGGCGCCGCGAGCAACAUCGCGCCAAAUUACCGGGAUGGAGCGAUGUUUGCCAACGACAACGAGUUCUAUCUCUAUGGUCCCAGCGGCCUUAUCCGCCUCACAGACGACGAGGAUCCACCACCGGCCAACACCGUGCUGGGCUACGAGCGAUAUCAAUAUGGGCCGGAACGUGAGGCCUGGAUACCGGGUUUCCACGCCGACAACCUGAACGGUGGCGUUACCCGCUACGUGACCAAUGGCGCCGGCGUGUCUGCACCGAGCGAGAACUUGGGCUUCUACUUCAGCGGCAUGCGCAACAUCACCUGGGGCCCGAUCGUCGACGACAUCGCCGACUCGGCGAAUGUCACCUCUCACCGCAUGAUCAAGGUGGACAUGUCGGCCAUGCGCGACAAUAAAUGGUCCAACCUCACGCUGCCGUCGUAUGUGCCGCCGCGCGUCAACGCCGAACUCGUCUGGAUUCCGGUGUCGACCGCCGGAGCGUUGAUUGCCAUCGGGGGCGUGGAUCCAGCUGUCAUAUAUAGCUCAACGGAAUUGACAAGCGCGCAGCAGAAUGCCAGUAAGAGAAUAAGUCCGGGGUUCAUGGAAACGGUGUCUGUUUACGAUGUAGAUAGCGACAAAUGGUACAUCCAAAACACCACCGGCGAUAUCCCGCCGCAAUUGACAAAGUUCUGUUCUGUCUACGCCAGUGCGGCCGAUGGCUCCUCACACAAUAUCUAUAUCUACGGGGGCUUUGACGGGCUCAGUGACGCGAGUGUUCCAUCCGACGACGUCUACGUGCUCUCGGUUCCCUCGUUUAGUUGGAUCAAGCUGUACAGCGGCCAAAGCACACAUGGACGCAGCGGACAUAAAUGCGUCAAGCCAUACCCGGACCAGAUGCUCGUCCUUGGGGGACUCCAUAUUGAGGCCACAAGGUGUCUGGACGGGGGCAUCAUCCAAGUGUUGAAUCUCAACACCGGCAGGUUCCAGGACACCUACGAUCCAAAGAAAUGGAGCGACUAUAAAGUUCCAGACCUCGUGACCGCGGUCAUUGGUGGCGAGGCCGACGGUGGUGCGACCAAAACAUCUCCCGACGCCUGGACCAAUUCGUCCCUGGCAGACGUCUUCGCCACGAAAUACACCAAGACCAUCAAAACAUGGUAUCCCUACAACACCACAACCGUCGAAUCCCCCAUCAUUACCCCCGUCCCCAAUACCAAAGGUUCCUCCUUUCCCGGCUGGGCCGGUGCCAUCAUUGGCGUGCUCCUCGGCCUGGCUCUCAUCGCGGCCGGCUUCCUCUUCUGGUGUCUACGGCGCAGGCGUAAGUUCCGCGAGUCGCAGUCCACCAGCCACGAGUCCACCCGAUCGUGGAUUCUACGGUGGAUGAACACCGGCGGAUCAACCGUCGGCGAGCCCAAGCCCAACGAUAAGACGGCGUCGACCAGGUACAGCGGAUCCGCAGAGGAGGCUUGCACGCCCUCGAUGGCGAGGGCGGUGUCGCCGCGCAGUGUGGAGGCUGGCGGCGAGCCUGUGUAUGAGAUGCACGAUGAUAGUACCGCCCCGCCGGUGGAGCUCCCCACGCCGUACAAUAACAAUCCCUUCCCGAGUCCGGUGUCGAGUGCUGGCUCGCAGGCGGACUACAUGUCGCCCAUGACGGCGAGCACGCCCAGCGAGGACGGCGACGCCAGCCCGCGCCGCCCGCAGCAUCGCCGCCACGUAUCGAGUCUAUCGAGCGUCCCGUCGAUUGCAAACGUGAUGCGCGAGGAUCACCGGCCGAGCUACCGGUCUGAUAUGUCCGAAGCGAGCUUUGAGUCGGAGGGAACAGGGCUGGGUCUCAGACCGGUUGAGCUGACGGGGACUACCGUGGGAGAAGCGAGGUUGGCGACGACACAGGAGGUGGAUGAGAAGGAAGGACGGAGGGAGCUGCCUUGA